CUGUUGGUGUGUGCUUGGUCACAGUCUAGUCAAAGUCUCCGCUAUGAAGGUUUUAUGCCUGGUGUUGCUAUGUUUCAUUACAUUGAUCCUGGCCGAGGAAAACAAACCUUUCAGAAUUGAAAUGGAAAGGAUGGAGACUGGAUUGGAAAAGCUCCUUAGACGCGGAGCUGAUCUGAAGUUGAUUGAAGGCAUUUACGACAUGCAGCGUAGAGCCGCCAAGCCGAGAAAACUGUUGAUGGAAAACGGCAAACCUAUACCAACCAAUGACACUCUGCCUCUCUUCAAAUACUUCGAUACCCAAUACUACGGUUUGGUCAACAUUGGCAAGCCUGGGAAGACAUUCAAAAUGGUGAUGGACACGGCUUGGGCGUAUACCUGGGUGCCGUCCGUAGAAUGCCCUCUCGUCAGCAUAGCUUGUGCCCGACAUGAAAGAUAUGACCACAGUAGGUCUUCGACUUAUAAACCUGAUGGCACCAGCUUCAACAUUUCCAACACUUAUGUUGGAUAUCUUUCCAAUGACUUGUUCUUGGUUGGCCAGAUGAAUACCACAGAUCAGAAGUUUGCAGAACUCAAACAUUUGCCAUGGAUAAACGCUCUGUACGAAGCGGACGGAACCCUAGGGCUUGGCUUAGAAAAACUGUCCCCUGGUGUCACUCCUUUGUUCUACAACUUCUACAGACAGAACAAAAUUGCUCCAAUAUUUUCUUUCUACAUUAACAGAGAUCCUACCACAAAACGAGGAGGAUCCAUCUUCUUCGGGGGAAUUGACUAUAAACAUAACAAAACGGCCUUUACCACAUUAGAUGUGACUUCCGAUUUCUACUGGGAGUUCCAAGUGGACAAAAUCGCUCUAGUGAUGAGCAAGAAGAGCCAGAAAGAGUACUGCAAGAAUGGUUGUAAAGCUCUUGCUGACACUAGUGCCAACACCAUCAUCGGUCCAGCUGACGAGAUAAAUGACAUCAACAGACUCAUUGGAGCCACCGAAAUAUUUUUUUCGAAUCGAUACAUGAUUCCAUGCAUCAAUGAGUUGAAGGGACCAAAGGUAAAAUUCACCAUUGCCAAUCAGGAGUUCAUGAUCCUAGCUCGAGACUAUAUUCAGAAGGUCUCCUAUUCAGGUAUUACCAUAUGCCUGUCUGCUUUCCAGCCAGGGGAGCACUCCACAGGUCCCGAUCAAUGGGUACUGGGAGGAGCGUUCCUCUACCAGUAUUAUACGGCUUACGAUGUCGUACGCCGUAAAAUUCUUAUAGCUGAGGCAGCAUAGGCUGCGUUCCCACGUCGUUUGAGUGCCUAUGAACAUUGUGGAAAUAGUUGAAGAAAACAUCACCGAGAGUUCUGAGGAGCGGUCUCUCAGCCCUGAAUUCCUCCAGAGAUAUACAGAAAACACCAAGUCACACCCAAGAUGACUCGACCCAACGUCAACGGAACAACAAUUUCCACAUCCAGUAGCAGCUCAUCCAUCGUCUCAACUGUCAUCACAAUCCCAAUGAUAUUCUCUCCAACCAGUCAGCCAGUGAAGUUUCCAAUAUAAGUGAAAGUGAAGUCAUUUCCCAGAAGUGUGGUGUUGAACUCAGUACCAGUGCAUCAUUUGUUUCUCUAGAUCCAAGUAGGCUUUAGAAUAAUGUUAAGCCUUAUUAAGACUGCCAAGCAGGAACCACAAAGACCCCAUCUAUUUUAAAUGCAAGCCCUUCAUUCUUCUUUCUAAAUUUCCAGGGUAAACAAAAUAACAAUUUUAGAAUAAUUUUUAUUUAGUAAUAAUAUUUUUGCUAUCGGUCUUACUGAGCAUUGGUUAAAAACAGAAGAGGUUGCUUUAGCUUUCCCGAUGGCUUUUGUUGUGGUAGUGCUUACUGCAAAACUGAUCAUAUUAAGGAGCCUCUUUAAUUUUCACUAAAAAUUCUUACAGAAAAUGUGUAAUUUGGAUCAGUUUUGUUCUGAAAUGAGUUCAGAAGCAGCAGUGGUUCUUAUCGAGGAUUUUAAAUUAAUAUUUGUUUCAGUCUACCACUCCCACCUUCGGGCACCAUUGAGGUUUUUCUUGAUAAUUUUGAUAGAUUGUCAACUUAUAUAUCUCACUGGUCUAAUUAUCUUUCAAUUAUCAAUAAGAUUGACUACAUCUAAAAAAAGAUUUGACUUGCCUCAGAACAACUACCUCUCUAAACAAUUUCUUAAUAUACUCCGCCAGCACAAUUUUCACUUCCUAAAUCACUUCCCCACUCAAGGCAAUAAUUGCCUGGACAACAUAUUAACAAACUGUAAUAAAAAUGCAAAUAUAAGCUGUAAAGUUUUUGUUAGUGCUUACGGUUUAAGAGAUAAUUUUACAGUUAUGGUUGGGCUUUUGAUUGACUUUCAUAAUAUUACUAAUGCAGAAUGUCUUAAUCAUUUGUGUUAAAAUUGGACAUUGACCAAAUAAUUAAUGCUGUGUUAUAAUAUUGUACGUUUUGUUUUCAUAUUAAAAAAAUAGGCUUUUUUUAGUUAAUUUAAACAAAUCUAUGAUGUGAUUAAAGAAUGUAACGGCUGUUUUUCUCAUAUUAUUAUGUCAGAGAACAAAAAUUUGGUACUGUACUUUUAAAGCGUACAGAUACAAGCAGAGGGCAUUAUUAUGCUUUAUCUGGUCAUACGACAUGAAACCAGAUUAAAUUUUGACCAGUUUACCUUUGAAAAUGGGAUAUUUUGAUUUAAAUACUACUUUGCUGUACUAUCAUGAAUAUUUAGUUUUUAGUUUUUAUAAACCCUGAAACUUCAUAUCGUAAGACAUUAUUGAAACGACUAACGAGUCCAGUUGAUGAGCUCAUAAAAGUCUUGACUUUGUAUAGUUUGUCCCUUCAUUCCUUUAUUUAUUUUAUGUAUCAUCAAAUCAAUUUAUAGACACAAAUAUAUAUUACAUUAAGUGCUUAUAGGAGUAACUGGUGUAUAAUUACAUAAAUAAUGCUUAUAAUAAAAUACAAUACCUACUCAAUAUACUUAGACAGUAAAAAAAACAUUUUUUGAUCAAACAUUGAAAAUUACAAUAACAACAAAAAUGUACAAUGACUAACCCAAGGUAGUGUCUACUAAAAAGUCUGGGAUGGAAUAAUAAACCUUAUCCUGUAGAAUUUCUUUGAUUUUCAACUUUCAAAACAUUUACUGCCAAUUAUUUAAAUUUAUUCGGCGAAUAGUUGUACAGUUUUAGGACUGUAUGAAAAGGACAUUUUUCAAAUUUUGUUGACCGCAAUUAUACUAUAAUAUUAUAUUUUACUAUGUAAAUGAAAGUAAUUUAUGUAACCACAAACCCAUCUAACUUUUUAUCUUGUAAAUAAUAGUCUUAUGAUCUUUUAAAUUUCCCAUUCUGGCUCUUAUUUUCUAGUUUUUAUGUUGUGAACAUUUAAUCCCCGCUGGUCACUACUUGCUGUCAAAUUGUUAAUGUUUUCAUUUGUCAUUAAACUUUUGUCUCAUCUGUAGUAGGUAAUAUGUUUAUAUUGGUAUUUAAUCUUUCAACUGACAGAACCACAAGCAUUGUGGUUUGCAUUUCUUGUUUUUAAAAUAAUGCAUAUUUGUUUAUUGUGUUGUAUACUUUAUGCAAUCCAAAUCCUGUAAAUAGCUCAACAACAAAAAACACACUUUACAACCCCAUUUUUAGCCUGGUGAAAAUAUUUAAUUUAGAUUUGUAUACAGAUUUGUUAUAUGAUCAUGAAUAUUUAGUUCUUUUUUACCUUGAAAACUCCAUAUCUUAAGAAAUUAUUGUAAUAAGGAAUACUUCUUAGGUGUUACUUUCAUGUAUUAAGCCUUUGUAAGUAUACAGUAUAUAAAUCUUUGCAUUGAA